GCAAGUGUGCGCGACUCUCCAAGAAAAGUUCAAGGUAGGAGGACCCAACACUACGACAUCACCAAACUCACACUUGGUCAAAAUGGGUGACGCAACGAUCGAAUCCCCCGAAUGGCGCAAGGUCGAGGUCGGCCGCGUCGUCCUCGUCCAGGGCAGCAGCCCUUACGCCGGAAGGCUCGCAGCCAUCGUCGAGAUCAUUGACCACAAGCGCGCUCUGGUUGAUGGACCUUCCGCAGACCCCAAGCUGGUCGUCCCCAGACAAGCCAUCUCCUUCGUCGAUGUGCUAUUGUCCGACCUGAAGAUCGAGAAGUUGCCGCGUGCCGUGCGAACGGGAACCCUGAAGGCGGCGUGGGAGAAGGCGGAGAUCGACGCCAAAUGGAAGGAGAGCAAGUGGGCGAAGCGAAAGGACCAGACCGAACGAAGAAAGGCGCUCACCGACUUCGACCGAUUCAAGGUCUUGCGACUCAAGAAGCAACGACGAUUUGAGGAGCGAAAGGCCUUGGCCAAGGUCAAGGCAUCCGCGUGAAAGGGAGGGAAUGACAAAUGAUUCUGGUAAAACGGUCUCUUUCAAGUAGAGCGGAAGGUAGUCUACGGAUCUGAUCUGCAUGAAACAACAAACACAUCACACAUAUUGGCAUGGGGUUGCUGGGUUUCUUCUGCUUCGUCUGGCAAGACCUGUAUGUCACUCAUAAAUUCUCCAUGAGGUGACCGGCGUCAAUGAAAGGGAAAUUCACAACAACUCAAGAAACCGAAACUGACAUGUGCCUUCAUGAUUAUUUCCUUUCCCUCCCUCUCGUACGAGUUUGAAAUGUCUGCUAUUUCUAUACCAGCGUGCCACCUGCACUAGAGAUUCAUUCAUGUCCUUAUUUACUACUGCUUAGCGUAUGAAAUAUCUGGAUGCACAGUAAAAGAAUCCGAGGCAAGAGGUACCUAUGAUGUACGUGGAUGUAGGUAG